CUGAUGAUGAGGUUUUGUCAGAUAAUAUGAUAUUUAAUAAUUCUUUAACUUUACUAAUUAAGAAAAUUAUUGAUUUAAAAAUAGAAAAAAGUUUAGAAUCUUCUGUAGUAAAAAUGGUUCAAGCUGUUUUGUGUAAGGAUUUGGAUUUGGAUUAUA